ACACGAAAGUGCGCCGUAAGUCCAGCUGACUCAGUGUGUGUGCCCAGAAACGUUGUGUUUAAUGUAAUAGUUAAAAGUGUUACACUUUUUCGAUCAUAUUAAGCGAAGCGGAUUUUGCGAGGCUCUGUCUACUGAUCGCUGCCGUUGCCGGGCGCACACUCAGUGACUGGCGGCUGUCCCGGCGAGGUGACGCGUCCAUUUCGGUUUCACUUCGUCUCCUCCUCCUUCUCUUCUGCACUUUCACACUCACACAGUCGAGUCGCUCGGAGAAAAUGACAGAAGAGAAUUUGCAGUCUAAGCUGAAAAACGCGCUGAGAAACGACAAAAUUCAGCUAUGGACUCCGCCGUAUACAACCGAGAACAACGAAGCCGGACAGAAGUCGCUGCAGGAGCUCGCGACGCGCUACACGGCCCUGCUGGGCUUCCCCGCGGACCGCGUGCUCGACGCCCUCGAGGUCCUGCGCGUGCACGCGCUGCGGCGCGGCCGCGGAAACGACGUGUUCAGGGAGAGCGGCGUGGCCGCGCUGGAGCUCAUCCUGCCCUCGGACCCCAGGAAGGUGAACAAGGCUCCCCGGGAAAAGACAUAUUUUAAUACGAAACUGGAUGUUACUGCACAAGAUGCCAUGAAAAUGAUAUGUGAGAAAUUUGGACUUCAGCACAUCAAGUUAAUUUUGUCGGGAAAAAUUCUAAACCCUGAAAAGAGGCUUGACGAACAAGGCGUAAAGCACAACUCCAGGGUAAUGGUGUUGAAAAAAAGUGAGCCAGAGACUCAGCAGAGGAUGCUGGAGGAGGAACAGAAGAAAAAGUCUCAGGAUGAGAGUGUGAGAAGAACCCAGAAAGGCUUUCAGAUUUUGUCUGAGAGAGAUGGCAGUCAAGAUCCAGAGACGACUCCAUUCUUAGAAAUCGCAGACCAGAAAGGAAAUCCUCUGGAAAUCCCUCCUGCGGAGAAAAAGGCUCUGAUUGUGGCUAUGGGCUUCCAUGAGAAAGGCAGAGCUUUAAUGAAGAGGAAGGAUUACGAGUCAGCACUUUGCCACUUGCUGGAAGCAGAUGAUUCAUUUAGUAAAUGUGACUCCACGCUGCUGGACGUGGUGGACAACUACGGUGUUCUGCAGCUUGAUAUUGUGUGGUGCUACCGCAAACUGGUAUCUCUCACCUCCCUCAACGAUGCAAGACACAGGCUAAAGAAAGCUGAGGAUUACUUCCUGAAGAGCUAUGGAGAAGAGAACAAGCGACUCUUACAGAUAAAGGGUAACACAGGGCGGGAGGAGGUUUUGUUCCUGAGACUCUACCUUCUACAAAGUUUACAGGCAUAUCUGGAGGGCCAUGACAUAUAUGCUGCUCAACAGUUGCAGAAGGUGGAAAGCCUGUACCAGCAGCUGAACCUGGACCCUGAUAAAAUGAUGGAGUUGAUGAGCCUAGGUUACACUGAGCAAGAGGCUCGCUUAGGCUUGAGGGCAUGCAAGGGAGACACUAAUGCGGCUGCUCUCCACAUCUCCCAGAGGAGAGAGGAGAAGGAGAAAAUGAAGCAGACCGAGAGGGAGAAGAGGAUGCGUCGCGUGGAAGCCAUCACCGUGCUGCAGCAGAUUGGAUACUCGCGGAAAGACGCCGCAGUGGCGCUGCACAAAGCGAAAGGCGACUUGGACCGUGCGUUAAAUAUUCUUCUGGACUCCAGUCAAGCUGAGUCAGACACGAAUCACACCGGAGUGGAGGACUCUUCUCCUGAGAGACAGGCCAAAAUAAAUCAGUUGGUUUCUCUGGGCUUUAGCCGGGAAGCUGUCGAAAACGCGCUCAGACGGACCCGCGGAGACGUGCAGCGAGCUUCAGAAUUGCUGCUGGACAGCGGUAGCAGCCUGUCCCCUGAGGAGCUCUCUCCCUCGCCCCCCUCCUCCUUGUCCGAGGAACCCAGCACCUCUUCGGAGUCGGCUGCCUCUACAAGUUUGGGGGACGAUGCUAUGGAUAAUGAUCUAGUUAAUGAGGUCUUGGAUGACAUCCCUAGCCAUGAGGAGGAUUACUUGGACCUUACACUCGAGGAGGAGUGCGAGUUCAUUGUUCAGAUGAGGUCGUACCUCGAGAAGAGAAAUGCACUACAGAGCUAAAAGCGUUUGUUUUACUCCAAAUGGCUUCAGAGACGAGUGUCCAGUCUGAUUUUUAGGGAACUGAGCUGUAUACUGUACCAUCGCAACGUCUCGAUCAGUUGUGAAGAUUUACCGCUGUAGCUUACACCAGCCUUUUUGGAACGUUCAAGUUUUGGAUUCACUAGCUACGUAUAGAGUGGUCUUAUAGUGUGCCAACCAUAAACACUUAUUUUGAUUACCAAAUGGAAAUCACACCAAAACUGCAGGUUCCUUCCAGAUUAUUCAUUCAAGCAUAUAUUCAGCCUAUCAGAAUUAACUUGUUCAUUGGUGUAUUUUUAUGAUAGAAUAAUUGCAGUUGAUACAUUUAUAAAAUAAUUGCAUUGCUCAGUUUUCAUUGAAUCUUACAAACUUAUCUUUUACAGUACAAAAAAAACUUGUUAUAAA